AUGGGUGGUAAUAAAGUUAUAGGCCGUAUACGCACAGUUUCUCCUAAAGAGGGUGAGGUAUUUUAUUUAAGACUAUUACUUAAUUAUGUUACUGGGCCUACAUGCUUUAAAGAUCUACGCUCUUUUAAUGGAAUUAUCAGUAACACUUUUAAAGAUGCAUGUAUUCGACGUGGUCUGUUAUCAGAUGAUGCGGAAUGGAACCAUUGUUUAGAGAAAGGUCUUUCAUUUAAGAUGCCAUAUCAAUUGCGCCAGUUAUUUUCUGUUAUUUUAUUACAUUAUGAGCCGAGAGAUCCUCUAGGUCUAUGGAAUUCUUUUAAAUUUUAUCUUUGUGAAGAUUUUUCCAAGAAAAUAUCACCAGAGCCGGAUAACCUUAUCACCGAAAAUCUCGCGCUAUGCCACAUCAAUCAAAUUUUGAUUCAAAAUGGUAAAUCUCAUAAGGAUUUUUUGGGAAUGCCUAUCCCUUUAUUAUCCACCCAAUCUCCAUCUACUACAGCUAAUAUUAGGUGUCACCUUAUUCGGGAGGAAAUUUCCUACGAUACUAAUGAUAUGUAUAAAAAAUAUUUGGCUAACUACAAUUUAUUUAAUCGGGAUCAAAAUAUUAUCUAUGCCAAAAUUAUGUCCUUGCCCUCCACUCCAUCCCAUAAUUUAUUUUUUAUAGAUGGUCCUGGUGGUACUGGAAAAUCAUUUCUAUUAAAUACAAUAUUAUUUAACUUGAGAGCUCAAGGUAAAAUUGCUAUAGCUGUUGCAUCUUCUGGCAUAGCUUCAACUCUUCUUCAUAAUGGCCGUACUGCACAUUCACGUUUCAACAUCCCCUUAAGUAUUCAUGAAAGUUCCUCAUGUAAUAUUCCUUACCAAAGCCAAAUAGCUGAAUUGAUAAGACAAUCGGUAAUUAUAAUAUGGGACGAAAUUUCAAUGACUCAUAAACAUAUAUUCGAGGCCGUGGAUAGGUCAUUUCAGGAUAUAAUGAAAUUAGACAAACCGUUUGGUGGUAAAAUUAUUAUUUUUGGCGGAGAUUUUAGACAGAUUUUACCUGUUAUUAAACGUGGUGGAAGAUGCGACAUUGUUAACUCAACCUUAAAACGAUCCUAUUUAUGGUCACAUAUAGUGCCCUUAAGGUUAUGUAUUAAUAUGAGACUUCUACAAUUCCAGGAAGCAAAUAAUUAUCUUAUUAAUAAUAAAUACUCAAAAUUUCUUUUAAGAGUUGGUGAAGGCUGUGAAACAUUCGAUGGCUCCAGGGAUAAAAUAAAAAUUCCUCAAGAUUGUUGUAUAGCUUCCAAUGAUAUCGAGGAUCUUAUUGCUUUUGUUUACGAUAUAGACAAAGACAAUUCAUCAUUUAACCGAACAUCAUUUGCUCAAAAUGCAAUCCUGACCCCUAAAAACGUAGAUGUCGAUUCUAUAAAUAUUAAAUUGAUUAACAAAAUUCCGGGAGAUUUAAUUACAUACAUAAGUGCUGAUAAAACGAUAACCGAGGAUGAAGCGACGUUUUAUCCCACUGAAUUUUUAAACUCUUUAAGUAUAUCAGGAUUACCACCUCACAAACUUUUACUCAAAGUCGGGGUACCUAUAAUAUUAAUGCGUAACUUAAAUUCUGCUUCUGGUUUGAAUAAUGGGACUAAAUUGAUUAUAACUUCUUUGCUACCAAAUAUAAUUGAGGCGGAAUUUGUUUCUGGUAGUUUUCUCAGUACUAAAGUUCUCAUUCCUAUAAUAAGUUUAAUUCCUACAGAUUCUGGCUUGCCAUUUUCCUUUAAGCGCCGCCAAUUUCCCGUGAGACCUGCUUUUGUCAUGACAAUUAAUAAAGCUCAGGGACAAACGUUGAACAAAGUUGGUAUCUAUUUACCUCAUCCUGUUUUUUCACAUGGACAGUUAUAUGUGACUAUGUCUCGAGUUUGUUCUCCUCAUAAAUUAAAGAUUAUAACCAAUGAUAAAACAAAGACUACUACCAAUGUGGUAUAUCAUGAGGUUAUAUCCGAUUAA